GCACUUUGAGGAGAAACAACUGUCUUAGGUUUUAACUUCAGUUGCAUUUUUCAUCUAACUGCAGUUGUGGGAUUUAUGCACAACGGGGUGGAUAACUUCUAUUUGGGACCAUGGUUGGCAAGCAGGGGAGGCAAUGGAGGUCGAUGUGCAAAGGCCUUGUCCUGGGUACCCUACUCACUAGCUGUAUGAUCCUGCUCUACUGCCUUUCUGCUCCACAGGCCCACUUCAACCUGCCUGAGGGUCCAGUGCCUUACUCCUGUUCCCAUCGACCUGCUCAAGCCCACGCCAGACUUAUCAAAAACAGCUCCCACCAUGCAUCGGGGCAGACAGGCAUCUGCACUCCCAAAGUGGACAUCAUGUUCAUGAAAACCCACAAGACAGCCAGCAGCACACUCCUCAACAUCCUCUUCCGAUUUGGAGAGAAGCACCGGCUCAAGUUUGCCUUCCCAAACAGCCGUAACGACUUCUUCUACCCCUACCCAUUCCAGCGCUCCCAGGUCAAGGACUACAGGCCUGGCAUGUGCUUCAAUAUCAUCUGCAACCACAUGCGCUUCAACGCACCUGAGGUGGCCAAGGUGCUCCCUACAGACACCUCCUACAUCACCAUCCUCAGAGACCCGGCUGAGCUCUUUGAAUCCUCCUUCCACUACUUUGGCCGCCUGGUGCCCAUGACCUGGAAAAUACCAGGCGAGGACAAGGUGGGGGAGUUCCUGCGCGACCCCCGCCACUACUUUGACCCCAAUGGCUUCAACUCCUUCUACCUCAAGAAUCUGCUGUUCUUCGACUUUGGGCAGGACAACACUCUGGAGCUGGGCGACCCACGGGUAGAGGAAGGCAUCCGGGCCAUCGCAGGCCACUUCCAGCUGGUCAUGCUGGUGGAGCACUUUGACGAGUCCCUCAUGCUGCUCAAGGACGCCCUCUGCUGGGAGAUGGACGACCUGCUCUUCUUCAAGCUCAACGCCCGGAAGGGCUCCACCGUGUCUAAACUGACCCCGGAGCUGAGGGCCAAGGCCCUGGAGUGGAACGCCGUGGACUGGAGGCUUUACCAACACUUUAACGUCACCUUCUGGAGGAAGGUGGAGGCAUACGGACGCCAGCGAAUGGCUGACGAUGUGGCAGAGCUCCAGAGGAGGAACGCAGUGAUGGCGGCAGUCUGUAUCGAGGGAGGCCAUGCUGUGGAUGCAGGGAGCAUCCAGGAGACAGCCAUGCAGCCCUGGCAGCCCAUCGGGGAGAAGUCAAUCAUGGGCUACAACCUGAAAAAUAAUGUGGACAAGGCCCACCGCAAGCUGUGCCUUAAGAUGCUCACCCCAGAGCUGCAGUACCUGACAGAGCUGGGGGUCAACCUUUGGAUCACUAAACUGUGGGGUCAUGUGAGAGACGUGAUCAACUGGUGACUAGAGGGUGAUUAGAGAGACACGAGCGAGAGGGGCCAAGAGAGCGCAGCUGUGGGUGUGUGCCUGCUUGUGUGAGAGCCCCUAUUGGAUUGCAUAGCCUCCCAGGCCUGAAUGCCUGCAGAAGAUCAUAAGGGGUUUGGUUUUGCAUAGCCUCCACAAUCAUGGCAUGAUGAACUCUUCCUCUGUGUCAGCAGUAUUGACUUGUUUGCCUUAAAUACAGUACAUGUUUGCAGUAUGUAAUGUACCUGAUAGGUGCUUGAGAACCGCAACGUUUGCGUUAGAAUCUGAAGAUAAGCAUAAGCAUCCCUCUUUAAAAUGUAUGUGUUUAUAGGUAUAGUAUACUGAAUACCCUUUAUACCUUCAGCCCUGCCAAUCUUAGAGUAUUUUUGAAAUAAAGACUAAAUUAAAAAGA